CACAAACAGGAAGAGGAGUGUUAACAUGACGUCUGGACUGUUUGAAAAACAUAUUAUCGAUUUUACACAGUUCAAAUGAACAUCUUCUGACAUAUUAGUUUCUUUUUGCAGUAUAUUAGAAACUGAAGUGAAUCGUGCACAACAACCGAAGCUAUGAACGGGAGUUCUAAUCCGUUUUUGGAUAAAGAAGAACACGUUCUGAUGCUUGGCGAGAGCUUCCAAAGGCGGCCAAAAUCGACAUUUCAUACCAUCAGAUAUGAUUUUAAACCAGCCUCAAUCGACCUAACUUGUGAGGGGGAGCUACAGGUUGGGAAAGGGGAUGAAGUUACUAUCACUUUGCCUCAUAUUCCUGGCUCAACCCCACCUAUGACAGUGUUCAAAGGUAACAAAAGGCCAUAUCAGAAAGACUGUGUUCUUAUCAUGAACCACGACACAGGGGAGUUUAUGCUGGAGAAGCUGAGCAGCAGUAUACAAGUCAAGAAAACCAGAGCUGAAGGCAGCAGUAAAAUCCAGCCUCGGAUAGAACAACACUCGACACGAGCAACACAGCCUCCAUCACAGUUCCGAGCCCCCACCAAACCAGGGGCAGGUGCUAAAACAUCGCCCUCCAAGGACAACCCCUCUCCAGAACCCCAGCUAGAUGACAUCAAGAGAGAGCUGAGAGCCGAGGUGGAGAUCAUCGAGCAGAUGAGCAGUAGUAGUGGGAGCAGCUCCUCGGACUCAGGCAGCACCUCAGGCAGCGGGGAUGACAGCUCCAGCAGUGAUGGAGAGCAGGACCCACCCAACCCCUACCCAUCCCCCAACCGCAUCCCUGUCACCAAUGGCAUAAGCAGGUCUCAGGGCAACAACCAGCUGAUGAGCACUCUCAGAAAUGACCUUCAGCUGAGUGAAUCAGGAAGUGACAGCGAUGAUGAUUAAGUCCUGUGCUAAAAUUCAUUCACUCUGCAGUGAACACGAACACGGAGCUUCCCUGUCUGGUUUUAAGUAUAUUUUAAUAUCGCCGAAAAGCUUCCAAACUUUUGAGGUUUUUUAGAUUGUAUUUUUCUUAGCUGUAUAUUUUGUUUUGUAUUUGAAAGUUUAAAUCCUUCAACAUAUGAGCAUGUCCAAACAAAAUGUAGAAUACAUAUUUACAAACGCUUUAUUUAGAGUCACCUGUUGUUUUAUUUUAAUUCACUAGGAAAAGAUAUCAUAUUCAAAGCCUCCCUGUCCUUUUGCAAUUCUGAAGAAGUAGUUUAAAAUAUUUCUUAAAGUUCACUUUUCCUGAUGUUCCCUUUUAUAUCAGGAUGAUAAAAUGUAUAAAAAUACAAAUUCUGACAUUCAGUUAACUCUAGCUAUAUCAAAGCACUUUCUUAAAAUUUCAAGUGUUAAUAAUUGCAUUGCAUUUUCCCCAAAGAGUUUUACCAAUUAUAUCAAAUAGUACUGUUUUGUGAAGAGGGUUAAAACCGUUGUAUGGGAAAAGAAAAUAGCUAGUGGUUGUUUAAUUUACAGCUCAAUCAUAAGCAUACUGGUACACAUCUUUUUAUUGUUCCACACAACCACACAAUGACACAACCAACUUUAUUCCUGUUGAGAUAUUCCGAAGAUUACAUUAAGACUUUACGAUUAAGGUUUUAUCAGUGCAACAGGUCUCCUGUUAAAGAUGCUGCAGAACCAAACCAAUAUACUUUGCAGGAAAGGUAGUGAAGGUGGAACAAAUUUAAGAGCAAAAUUAUCUCUUUACAAAGGAUGAAAAGGGCUGGUGUGAUCACAUCCCAAGGUGCAUCAUGAUUUAAUCAAUCAGCCCUUUUCAUUCUGCCUAUUGGCAUUUGGAGUAUUUGUGUACCAAUUUGAUUUUAAAUUACACUUCCUCCCUGACAUAUAGGUCUCACCCAGAUGUGUGGGUCUGUAUCAUUUGUUACUGUUUCUAUAUCAGCUUAUCACUCUUGCCAAAAUAAAGUUCUAUGUUUAUAGUUAAGAAUAUUGGAGGAGCACCAAAGCAACCAAAUGGAUCCAGUUACAAAGUGUGCACACAUUGUUUUGAUAUUGACAUGAUGAAUAAUUAUCAGGAUGAACAAUACUUCUCCUCCAAAGUCCUUGAAUGUUAAGGCUGUGUAGGGCAUUAAACUUCCAAGUGAUGAGCAUGUCUUUUGAAGCUAUUUAGCUCUAUUACCCAUAUGUAUCAUAUCUGCUACCUCCAGCUCCCAGCUUAAAAGCUUUGUUACCAUAUUUAUUGGGGUGUUUUAGGUUCUCACUGGGGGAUGCUAAUAGUGUUUGUGUUCAUGCGUUUGGGGUGCAUUAAAUGU